AUGAGGUGUUUUGAUGGCAAGACCCCCAAAGAGCGGCUGCCGGGACGUGCAGAUGAAUCCCUGGGGGAUUUUGCAGAACAGCCACACUCUUCAGCCACCGCCUUCGGCAGCACUGGAUACCAGCAUGAGAAGCUGGUGGCAAAGUCCCAGGCUUGGGGUGCUGGGGCAGCUGCUUGCAGGAGCUCCUACACACCUGAGAUCUUCUCCAUCGUGGUGUUUGGCUCCAUCGUGAACGAGUGCUACGUGAACAAGGACAGCCCCGAGCUGCUCUGCAUCUUCAAUGAGAAUGAGAGUGCCUGCAGCUACGGCAUCGCCGUUGGCGUCAUUGCCUUCUUUGGCUGUAUCUUCUUCUUUGUCGUGGACCUCUACUUCCAGCAGAUCAGCAGCGUGAAGGACCGCAAACGGGCCGUCCUGCUGGACCUGGGCUUUUCAGGUUUCUUGUCCUUCCUGUGGUUUGUAGCCUUCUGCUUCCUAGCAAACCAGUGGCAACGGACGACGAUGAGCAUAGGGGUUUCGCAAGGAGCAGAUGCCGCCCGGGCAGCGAUCACCUUCUCCUUCUUCUCCAUCAUCGUUUGGGUCGCGCUGGCGGUGAAGGCGCUGCAGAGAUACCGCCUGGGGACGGACAUGUCGCUCUUUGCCACCGAUCAGUUCGCGGCCGACCCCAACGCGGCGUACCCCGGCUACCCCACCGGCAGCGGCAUCGAGAGCACAGAGACCUACCAGAGCCCCCCCUUCACCGAGACCUUAGACGCCAACCCGAAAGGUUACCAAGUGCCAGCGUACUGAAGGGCGAGGGCCGCGUACCAAGAGACCGAGUCUUACGGUGCAGUACACAUAACUGGUUGAUUGCAAAUGUAUUCAGUCCCAUUUCCUUAAUGUGGCAAGUCAGUGCUGGGUUCCUUACUAUUAGCUAGUUGUGCAGUGAAUUCUGUACAGUGGUAUUGGUUCUUGUCUUACCUGUCCAAGGGUUUUAUAAAAGCAGUGUUCCCUCUAAGUCAGAAGGAAGGAAGGUUGCUACCCA